CGCUGACGCGCUGCUGCACUCCGCGCUCCGCCGCCAGUCGAGAGAGUCGCGGCGCUGCAGCGGCAGAAGGACACAGUAAUGGCGGCCUCCAUGAGACUCGGGCGGAGGGGCGUUUUCAUCGCGCUCAGAGUAAUAACACAACACAAGUUACCAGCUCAGAUUAGGGUAGUAACGCAGGUGAAGCCUCAGUGGACCGCGGGCUGGAGCGGAAGCGCGUUCAGACACUUGUUCCGGUCUCCGUCAGUAUGUGCAGGUGUCGCUCCUCUGAAGGUGGAGAUGCCGGCGCUCUCGCCCACCAUGGAGGAGGGAAACAUUGUCAAGUGGCUGAAGAAGGAAGGUGAAGAAGUGGCCGCGGGUGACGCUCUCUGUGAGAUCGAGACCGAUAAAGCUGUGGUGGUGCUGGAGUCCAGUGAAGACGGCGUCCUUGCUAAAAUACUGGUGCAGGAGGGCAGUCGAGGGGUGCGUCUGGGGACUCUCAUCGCUCUGAUGGUCGCUGAAGGUGAAGACUGGAAACAGGUGGAGAUUCCCGUCGCACCCGCUGUAGCUCCGCCCACUGCUGCUGGCCCCGCCCCUCCCCCGGCUCCCGUCGCUGCAGCGCUCAAACAGCUGCGCUUGAGUCCUGCUGCCAGACACAUUUUGGACACUCAUGGUUUGGAUCCUCAUCUGGCAAAAGCCACAGGGCCCCGCGGCCUCAUCACUAAAGAAGAUGCUCUGAACCUGUUGAAUCGGGCUGAUAAAGGGCGUCCAGCACCUCCAGCAGCAGCCGUUCCUCCUCCUGUCCCGGUCGCGGCGGCUCCGCCCUCUGCCCCGGCCACGGGCCGCCCCACAUACCCCCCCGUCUCUGUGCCUGGGAAACCUGGGCUGCCGGGCACGUUCACAGAUAUAACGGCCUCAAACGUGAGGAGAGUCAUCGCUCAGAGACUAACACAGUCCAAGAGCACCAUCCCGCACGCGUACGCUUCGGUCGACUGUGACCUCGGCGCCGUCAUCAAGCUCAGAAAACAGCUGGCCGCCGAGGACAUCAAGGUGUCGGUCAAUGACUUCAUCAUCAAAGCUGCUGCCGUCUCACUCAGAGAGAUGCCAGAGGUCAAUGUCGUGUGGUCAGCUGACGGGCCGCAGCCUCUCGACUUCAUCCACAUCUCAGUCGCCGUGGCAACGCCGCGUGGUCUCAUGACCCCCAUCAUCAAAGACGCUGCGAACAAAGGGCUGCAGGAGAUUGCUGCCACCGCAAAGGCUCUGGCACAGAAAGCGCGGGAUGGGAAACUCUUACCGGAGGAGUAUCAGGGAGGCUCGUUCAGUAUCUCUAACCUGGGCAUGUUUGGCAUCAGCGAGUUCAGCGCUGUGAUCAAUCCUCCUCAAGCCUGCAUCUUAGCCGUGGGCGGCACCAGGGCUGAGCUACGGCUGACCGACGGCCUCCUCCAGACACAGCAGCUCAUGACCGUGACUUUGUCUAGUGACGGACGCCUCGUGGAUGACGAACUCGCCUCGCGCUUUCUGGAGAAGUUUCGCUCAAACCUCGAGCAGCCUCAGCGCGCGAGUCUGCCGUAGACGGAGGAAGAGCGGCGGGACUGAAUGCACUCUGGAAUUAUGGGCCUUCUCUUAUAGUUACUAUUUAUUCAUUAAGAUGUACAUAGAGAUGUACAUAGAGAGAAACACUAGGUCAAUUAAUAAUGUCAUUUGUGGUGCAUCUCCUGCCAUAAACAGACUGGAACCUUCUCGUUAUUUUGACACGCCGUGCCUCAGUAGUGAGAAGCGCUCAGUACUGGGUGAACGUGAAUCCACUGUAAAUCAAACGUCAAUGUUUAAGCACCUUUAUAACAUACAGACAAUAUCUGAUAGCUUACAGUAAGUAUCAAAUCAUCAAAGGCAUUAAAUCAUGCUAGGAACCUGUCUGUUUUUUUGUUUUUGGAUUACCAAAUAGUCCAAUAAACUCCUGUCUUCUGCUGCACUGAA